UGAUUGGACGAAACCAACUCCUCCCGCUGAGGACCAUCAGCGAGAGUGAAGAGCGGUGAGAUGUGAACGGAGAGAGGAUCUGUGUGUGCUGUCCUGUUGUUGGGGGCUGAUGUAAUUUCCGCCGCUGGUCUUUAGGACUUGACUAGUCACCUGAUUCCCGAGCACGUCGAGCCCGCGGGACGGAGCGGAGCGGAGGGGAGGGGAGCCCGGGGCUCCGAACUCCGGCAUCGCGUAAGGGUGAAGGUUACUCCGGACUGGGUACAAUGCGGUCCGGACCACACUGAGCGUCCCCUCUUGCCGCAACAGCCGCGAUCCGUGGAGGAGCCGAACAGCAGGGUCAGAGGGCCACAAAGCCUUCCUGUCGCCGGUGAAAGCCGGUUACCAUGGCAAUGGUGGCAGAGAGCGGUAAUGGUGGCUCCAGUUGGCAGAAGCGGUGUGUGGCGCUGGAGUCCCAGCUCUACAGGUUCCGGCUGCAGGCGGGCAAGAUCCGGGAACUACUGGCCGAGAAGAUGCAGGAGCUGGAACAAAGAGUGAUAGAGGCAGACCAGCGGGCUGAGACCGCAGAGAAACAGGUACAGGCUUUGAGGGAGAAGCUGAAAGCAGCCAGUAUCCACACCAGCGAAUCAGAGAAUGGUUUACUCAGGAGGUACCAUGAGGUGACCAACACACUACAGGAAAAGGACGACAUGAUUCAGAGGCUGGAACAACAGUUGGACAAGCAGAACAAACUGAGGGGCCAGGAGGCGAAGAUAAUUGAAGAGAAGGCAGCCAGAAUCAAGGAGUGGGUGACGCUGAAGCUGAGAGAAUUGGAAUUUGAGAACUACCAUCUGAAAGUGACUAGCCGCAAGCAAGCUGAAGAAAUCCAGGCCCUGCAGGAGAAAAUUCAAGAUCUACAAGGCAAAAGGCCGGUGACUGGCGUGACAGAGGUCUCUGGUUCUCCUCCUGCGCCCCCAGCUCCUCAGGCCCCCACUCCGCCAGGGAAGCCUGACCAAGCCGCGAGGCCGCCCCCUGAGGACAAGAAGGAGCUGUGUCAGGAGGGAAGCGAGCCGGCAGCGGAAGGGAGUCCAGCCGGGGAAGCCGGUCGAUGCGUCUGCAGUCUGACCCCAGCAGCAUCCGGCCCGGACGUCUGGGAUCACGGGGGCGAGUCGCAGCAGUCGGCGGGCAACCCGGAGAGCGGGGGAGUGAGGCUUGAGCACGCCAGGCCGCAGAGGGUGGCCAAGGAAGUUCUGAGAGCGGCCCCGGAUGCCCAAAGCGGGUCGGCCCCACCGCCCGCCGUGCAGAAGGAGGCCUCCUGCGAGGAGCACACCGUGUUCCGCCGGCAAAGACUGGACUCCUCGAGCGAGACCAACGGACCGGACCUCCAUCUCCCCGCCAGGCCGCCACCCCUGCUCUCCUUGCUGCCCUCGCCCAGACCCAAGGCUGCUGCACCUGCCCCGCUGAGCCUGGCUACCCGCGAAGGCAGCGCAGGAACCAGUAUGACUCUGCCCAAGGUCAGGACCCCGCUGGUACCCAGGGACAGCAUCCAGCUGGCGAAGAAACACUGCAGCCAACCGCAGGCCGGCGCCGAGAGGCCCAACCACAUCGUCUCCAUUGACAUCCCCCCCUUCAAGCCGGCGGCCGUCCCACCACCACCUGUGCAGCUGCAGGAGACGGACAUCGACGACGUUUCCGAGCAGAUGGAGACAGACGAGUGGGCCCCCGCUGCCAUCCACGACUCGUCCCGCUUUCCGCUGGAGGCCCCAGGCUCAGACUGCUCCAGGCGUGUCUCUACUACCAGCAGGCCCCCACCCCCACCACUGCAUCGCUUUCCCUCAUGGGAGGGUCGGAUCUACGCCUUGGCAAAGUCGGGCAUGAGGAUGUCGGAUGUGACCUUGGGAGCUAACCCCUCUAAGAGACUGUCGAACCUUCCUGCAGGUAUCACAUCUGGCUCAUUCACUCAGCUCAUCUACAAGAAUGUGACGGUUCCUGUCUACACCACCUUGAAAGGGAAAGCAACACAGAUUAGCAACAUUCCCUUCCCGGACGAGUCCUCGGGAUCUGAUGACGACAGCAGUUCCCAGGCCAGCUUCCGAACGUCCACCGCAGGGUCAGAGUCGAGGAAAACCAACGGACCCGGGAGCCCCCGAGCCGUGAAAAGAGGCGUCUCCAUGUCCUCUGUCAGCUCGGAAAGUGAUUACGCCAUCCCUCCUGACGCCUGUUCUGUAGACAGCGAUUAUUCCGAGCCUGAACACAAACUCCUCAGGACCUGUUCCAUCUACUCCGCAGAGAGCAACUGCAACGAGCCUUUGGAAAAAUCUGGGUACCUGCUGAAGAUGGGAGGCCGCGUAAGGACGUGGAAAAGGCGAUGGUUCACGCUGAGGAACAGCGAGAUCCUUUAUUACAAGUCGCCCAGUGACGUCAUCCGCAAGCCCCAAGGCCAGAUUGAGCUUGGCUCCUCCUGUCGUAUUGUGCGUGGGGAGGGAGCGCAGACCUUCCAGCUGGUGACGGAGAGCAGGACGUACUACCUGACUGCAGACUCCCCCAACAUCCUCGAGGAGUGGAUCCGCGUGCUGCAGAACAUCCUGAAGGUUCAGCUGGCAAGCCCGCCGGGUUCUCGAGCCGAAUGGAAGCCGACAGUCCGAGGCUGGCUGACCAAGGUAAGGCAUGGCUACUCCAAGCUGGUCUGGUGCUCGCUCAUUGGGAAGGUGUUCUACUAUUUCCGGAAUCAAGAUGACAAGUUCCCCCUGGGUCAACUGAAGGUCAGAGAAGCUAAAGUUGAAGAGGUGGACCGCUCCUGCGACUCCGACGAGGACUACGAGGCCGGGGGCCGAGGGUUCCUCUCCUCCCACUUCACCCUGGUCAUCCAUCCGAAGGAUCAAAGCCCAACUUACCUGCUGAUUGGUACAAAGCAGGAGAAGGACACUUGGCUCUACCAUUUGACUGUGGCAGCUGGGAGCAGCCAUUCCAAAGUAGGUACAGAGUACGAGCAGCUGAUCGGAAGACUGCUGGAUGUCGAUGGACAGUCGGGUGAGUGCCACGCAGGGAGAUUGUGGAUUAACGCUGGCCCAGGGGCUGGACCUGGCUGGUAUGGUGCCAGAGGAUUACCAAUUAAUGCUCCAGAAAAACACCAAUAUCCCAUUUGUGAUGUCAUUUCAAAGUGGGAACAGGCCCUGAAGGAACUUCACCCUGGGAAAUACGAGAGCAACAGGAUAGUGAGACUGAUGUACAAGAGCCGAUUGUAUUUCAGAGCUCAGGCAAAGGGCGAGACGGAACGAGAGAGGUUGCUGCUGGCCUACCAGCUUAAUGAAGAGGUGGUGAACAGCCGAUUCCCUAUCAGUAAGGACCUGGCGUUGGAGGUGGCUGCGUUAAUGGCACAGGUGGAGUACGGAGAUCUUGCUCGCCCUGCCCCUUCCAGUCCCGGAGGCAGCUCCCAGUCCAAGAAUCAACAGUUUCUGCAGCAGGUUCUGGAGAAGUUCUACCCCAAGCACUACAGACAAGCCUGUACCCCAGAGCAGCUCAAGCGACUCUGCGACAGGCUGGCUACCAAGUGGAUAUUACUGGGGGGCUGCAGUGGAGCUGACUGCGUGCGCAUCUACCUGACCGUAGGCCGGAAGUGGCCGCUCUUUGGAGCAAAACUCUUCACUGCUCGGCCGAUUGCACCUUCACCACUUGAAGAGAAGCCUGUUUGGUUGGCUGUUAACGAAGAUGGAAUGAACAUACUGGAAAGCAGUACAAUGCAUCUGGUGUUCAGUUACCCCUACCUGUCCAUCAUGACUUUUGGAGGAUAUCGCGAUGACUUUAUGAUUGUACUCAGCAAACCCAAGGAUGAGAGCACAGCAAAGACCACUGUAGAAAAGCUAGUGUUUGCCAUGGCAAAGUCGAAGAUCCUGGAGUUGACGCUGAUCCUGGCCAGCUACAUCAACCACAGCAGCUGUCAUCCGCUGGCCAUCUCGUCCAGCUCGCCACCCACAACCCUCUCCAGCAAGAAACUGUGGGAGAUAGACAGCAAACACUUCCCGAGCAUGACACGGACUACGCAAGGUCCCACCCUGCUCUGAGACCCUUUUGCCGGUGCUGAAUGGCGUGGAGCUGUCAGAGGACAAACCAGUUGGACAAUUCAAAUGGUGCACAGUUGACACUUGUGUCUGAACUUUAUUGCAGUUGUGUGUAUUUAUGUGCUCGAUUAGUGCUUAGACUUUGUUUAUCUACUGACGAUUCACAUACCACCUCACGGCCCGUUGUUAGCGGUUGGGUUCAUACUGGUGUCAAGUUUUGGGCUCCUUGGGGACAUUAAUGCUGAGGCUGGUCCACAUGCAACAAACUGGAAUGUUUGUGGCUGUUUAGAUGGAGACUGUCCAUGGGGGGAGGUGCCCCCCUUUUGGGAAGGGUGCUUUCUAUCAGGAAGAACCUUUCUCAAGGGCUCAUUCUGACCCCUUACAUUUAUUCCAAACCCCAUCCAAAGAUCCCCCAAUUAAGAUGGGUUGGAAUGCCAAGGGCAAGGGUACAAUGCACAUUAUGUUGCUGCUAAAUUAUUUCUGAGUCAGAGACUAUGAAAGUUCCAGCGGGAACUGGAUACCUGUGUAUGAUAAAAGGCCCUGCUGCGCCAGGAAACCCAGUAGCAUGAACAAAGCACCAGCAUGGUCCUUGAAAGUGGUCCCAAGACCUGCGAAGCUGCUCAGCGUCCCCUCCCCUUCAGCCUUUUCUAUUGGGAUUGAUGGCAAUGCCAUAGGUUGCUUCCUAAUCAUGGAGAGAGUGACUGUUCAGCAGCUCAUGGUAUUUCAGGCCGUUGCUGAAGAGGCUGCCUUGUAAGGUCUCUGGAAUAACCAACAGAUCCCUCAUCAAAGCCCCUCGCCCCCACAGCAGUGCCUGAUACAAUGAGCACAUACCUCUUGAACGUGUGCCACUGAGGUACAAAGGACACUGGAGUGACCCUCUAAGUGAGGAGGGUGCCAACAGCACAGCACGAGCAUCAUUGCACAGCCCAGCCGCGGGUAAUCAACAACCCAGUCCUUCAGUCAAUGUCUCCAUUCGAUUUAAUAACUGGAAGGGGUUUCUGGGAGGGACUGUGAAAUGCUUUAAGUGACCCAAUUUUGUCCUCGUUGUCACUGGGGGGGCGGGGGACAAAGUCACCACUGAACACAGCAGCUGCUAAUGCCCAGCAGUGAGUUAUCUGAACACAGUGUAAAGCAGGUGGAUAUGUUUGUGGCUGAGUGAAGUUGUGUGAGAUUACUGUGGAGGGAUUGUUUAUCAAAACAAAUCAUGACUAUAGUUGAAGCUUCACCUUUCCAGUGCACUUGAUUCAACUGCCAACUGGAAGAGGCUGGUACUGGACUGAUCUUUUGUUUCUUCCAAGUGUUCAUCCUUCCUGCCCACCCAAAGCACCCACUGGUUCACAGACAGUCAUUGUCCCUUGAUGCAAGUGCAAGGGAGAUGUUUAUAGAGACAUUCUGGUUCUUCACGUUUGCACAGCUGCACCACACACCUAACCCUUGCCUUCAGAAAGUGGGAGCGAGGUAUGCCCCCUUGUGGAGGAUGUUUGUUUAUAAUAUGAGUGACUACCUCAAGGACAGUGAGAGCCAAGUGUCCUUAAUAAAACACCAUUACUGAACCAUUUCUUCUCUGUACAAGUGAACAGCGUUCAUUACCAGACCCAGCUCUCACAUCUUACUACUCUGAUGCAGUUUUAAAUUCUGACUUCUGAGUUGCUAUCUUAGUAACCAUGACUCAUUCUUUAACACUGUUAACAUCUUGCAUUUUGAGUCACUCUCCUGUGUAGUACAAAAGCAGUGCUGCAUUCUCAGAGGUGAGAAGUUAAUCUUCACUCUUAGAUGAAUGUGGAACUAGUCAAUAUCCUGACCCAGCAUCUCUAAGUGACAUUUAUCACAGUGUCGUUUGUGCAAUUUCAUUGUACACAAGUUGACUGCUGAGUUUCUUCUUAAACCUAGUCACUGCACUUCUCACUUCAAAAGUGUUUUGGCUGUAAAGUGCGCUGAGGCAUCCUGAUGUCAAAGGUCCUGUUUGGACGAAUAUUCUUAAGUUUCAUCAGUGAUUUAGUUGUAUUUCUGCAUUGACGCUACAGAGUUGCAUAUCAUUAGAAAAUAGUGGUCUGAGGGCUGUGUAAAAUGCCAAGAAAGAAAAUUUUCCAAGUUCACUGCCUUUCACACCAUCAGGCAGUCCCAAAACAAGGCCUUUGUAAAGUAGGGAAAAAUACUAACCUGUCAUUGACUCCCAGUAAAGAACAUGGGUACAUGCAGUCAGCCAGAUGCUUCCAACAACCAGUAAAGACGGGCACCUUAGAAAAUCGUCUUACACCCACCCCCUCCAACCAGCCUAAAGGCUGAUUUAUACUUGUGCGUACCAGCUUGCGCCAUCGCCUACACAAGUGGGCUACACGAAGAAACUCAAACUUCAAAUAAUGGCAACUGAAACUGAAGGAGGGUGUAUUUUCUGUGCUUGUCUGGCCACUGAGAGACAUAGACGAGGAAAUGCAUUUCAAAUAUUUUCGGAUAUCGGCAGGUAGAUUUGACAAUUUGGUUCAUCGUCUCCAACCAUUUAUUUCACAUCAGUGUACGCACAGUAUACUCAGAGACUGGCAAUCACCAUUCAAGUUUUAGCUUCAGGUAGAAGUCAACAGGCUGUAGCUGCUAGCUACAAACUAGUGUCAAGCACAGGGUCCUCCAUAAUUUCGGAGGUCUGUAAAGCUUUAUGGAAAGCAUUGCAGCCAGAUUUCCUUCCCUGCCCUUCAGUAACCCAAUGGGAAGCUAUUGCAGCGUAGGAGGAAAUGCGAUGCUACCAAGCAGACCAAUCGCAGUUGUUGCGGUCUGCGACGCCACAACGCGUAGUUACAUUUUGGGAGAGAUGCACGUCAGGCUACGGUGUAGGGUUGGUGUAGAGUACAGUGUAGGGUACAGUGCUACACCGUACUUACGGCGUACCUUUGACACACAAGUAUAAAUCAGCCUUUACAGUCACCUUGGGUCCAUUCUCAGGACACAAUACUCUUUCUACCAUCAGCAUUUGCCAAUACACCAAUGUAUCUUCUUGCUUCCCAUAACUUCCCUAUGUAUCUGAGUCAAGUUCUUGCCGCUGAAGUAACAAUUUGGCCAGCAUUGUAAUAAUUCAGAACAUAGAAGGGUACCGCAUAGGAACAGACCAAUCGACCCACAAUGUUGUGCUGAAUCAGGUAAAAAGCAAAUCAAAAAUACACAAAUACUAAUCCCUCCUACCUACCCCAUAUCCAUACCCCUCCAUCUUCCCCACAUCCAUGUGCCUAUCCAAACAUUUCUUAAAAGCCUCUGAUGUAUUUGCCUCUACUGCCAUCCUGGUAUCUACCACUCUGAGUAUAAAACUUAGCCCUCAUAUCUGUCUUAAACCCACCCCCUCUCACCUUCAAUGCAUGCCCUCUGGUAUUAGACACUUCAAUCCUGGGAAACGGAUACUCCCUGUCCACUCUAUUUAUGUCUCUCAUAAUCUUACAAACCUCUAUCAGAUCUCCCCUCAGCCUCCAGUGCUCCAGAGAAAACAGCCUAAGUUUAUCCAGCCUCCAGUGAUAACACAUGCCCUCUAAACCAGACAGUAUCUUGGUAAACAACAGGAAUUCUGCAGAUGCUGGAAAUUCAAGCAACAUACAUCAAAGUUGCUGGUGAACGCAGCAGGCCA